GAUUAUUCAAACACGAAAUUCCGUCUAGUUGGGAAUCACGCGCGGCCGCCGCUGCGUUCAUUUUAUCAACUUUGUUUGAAGGAUUUUUAUUUUAAAUUAUGAUGUCUCAUUAGUGGUGUGCUGUGAAUUAAGUGGGUUUCUGUGUACACUACACAAAACACACUAGCACUAUGCCAAUCGGUAACGUAAGUAAGGAUUCGGGGCCUAAACGGGAGACCUUUAGGCCACCCUGGGUCAAAGAAAAGGAUUCUCAGGCCCCUCCAUCAUGGACGCAGAGGAAAUUGAAACCAGUAGAAAGCACGCCGCCUUUAGCCAGUCAGGAAGAGUUCGUUAUUAAGCCAAUUAAACCUCUUUUGAAGAAACAAGCUACAGUUAGAGAAGCCACCAACGGUGCAUCUCCGGAAGAACGCUCAGUAGAGGAAAAACUUGUAAAACCUUCAACAGCUAAACUAGCUGAUAAAGCUUCUAGACAAUCAGAAGACAAACCUAGGUUUACAAAAUCUACUAUAAAGACAAUUGAUAAAAAACCAACAGAGGAAAAACCUAUAAACAAAGUUACCACCAAAAGUAAUAUCACAGAUAAAACUAAACUUGACGAUAAGAAGACAACAGACGAAACAAGUAUUACUUCUAAACCAUCACAAAAAUCAAGUGCCACAGAUAAAAGUAAAAGUGAGGAAAAAACAAAAGCUCCAGAACGCCCAAUUUUAAAGAGUGUUAAAACUAUAAACGAUAAUCCAAAGGAAAAAUCUGUUAGUAUAAUUGAUCGAAAAUCUGUUGAUAAAAAUGAUAAACCAAAAAUAACUCCGGCGAAUGACGUAACUGUAAACGGUAAAGGAAUACCCAAUACUCUAAUUAAAGAAAACAAACUUGAAAAAAGUACCGAAAACAAGAAAGAAGACAAAACUACUAUGGCAACAAAACCACCAACGCCGUUAGAGAAAAAUCCUUCAAAGCUGCCUCCACGCAAACCUUUACAAAAAGCGCCCUCCAAAGAUGACGUAAUGCUCAAGAAAUGGAGAGAUCCACUUCAUGAACGAGUCAAGGAGAAUAUUGACAAAACAUUAGCAAAUGACAUUCCGAAGGGACACACUCUCACUAAAAAUGAGAGUUUACGAAGUUUACUAAAACCUACACCACCACCGCCACCGCCACCGGCGCCGCCCAAGUUACCACCGCCACCUGAGUUCAAAAAGCCUAAGCUUGAUUCCGAAAAACUGAAGAAAAUUGAACAGUUGCGGAGCAGACCGAGAAGACGGCCCGACUGGAGUGACAUGAUGAAGGAAGUGGAAGAAGGAAGGAAGUUGAAACAUGUUGUCUGUAAUGACAGGUCCAGUCCCAUUAUAACGACAUCGGUUGUUGUGAAAAACAAGGGGCAGUUUAUAUUCGAAUCAGAGAAACCGAAUUCACAUAAUGAGUUGCUAAAAGAAAUCUCAAAGGGAGUUAGGUUAAAGAAAGUGAAAUGUAACGAUAGGAGUAAACCAAUCUUAGAAGGGUUACGGAAAUUCAGAAGGCAAAUGACGAUAGAAGAACAAGUGCAAAAAUCAAUGUCACAGGCUAAUUUAGCAGCGAGUCCAUCGGGGGCAGCACUGGCAGAGGUUCCUGCUGCAGAAGAAGAAGAAAUAGAUGAAAUGGAUGACAUUGAUAAAGUUAGAGACGAUCUUCAAUCAACAAAACAACUUUUAGCUAUAGAAUUGAGGAAUAAGGAGGUACAAGAAAGAGAAAACAGGCGACUGUUAACCAGAAUACAAAAUUUAGAAGCUGAACUAGCUAGAGAGAGAGCAUUUAUUAAACAAGAACAACACAAAACUGUUAUUUCAGUGACAGAUGCUUAUGAUGAGCGGCUAGUAAACAGUUUGAAAAUGGAAGUGGACAAAGCCAAAGAAACAGCUGAUAGUCUUCAAAAACAGUAUUUACAAGCGGCUGAAGAUCGAGAUGACGCUCUAACUGAAUUAGAAGAUGUUAAACGUAAAAAUAUGGAAUUGGAAAAGAAAUUAGAACAAGCGUUAUCUGGAGUAGUGCCCACGAAUGUUGGGUCGAGACGAUCAAGCCAUGCUGUCAAACAAUUGUCUGUUACUAAAGAUGAUAGUUUCGAAGAAGAAGAAGAAUCUGAAGAGGAAGAAGAAGAAUCUGAGGAGAAGAAACAAAAAAGAUUAGAGAAAGACGUUCGAAAUAUGAGAAAUAAAAUCAGGCACUUGAAAGAGAAACAAGACAACAUGAAACGGGAGCGAAUGGCCUAUAAGAUGUCCUUGAAAAACCAGCAAUCUGCCUUAAAGGACGAGAAAAGGAAAUACAAGGAACUCAAACGAGAAGUAGAUAAAAUGGCGGCUAUGAUGAAAGAGGUAGGCUCAGAGGAAGAUGAAGAAGAAGAAGACGAGGAAGAAGAGUCUGAAGAUGAAAAAAAGAGUGGAUCUGAGGAAGAAGAAACUGAGACAGAGACAGAGCAAGAUACUGAAAGUGAAACUGAGAGUGAAAGUGAACCCGAGGAUGCGCCAUUACCAAAGAAGAAAGAAAAUCUUAAUAAACGACUAAAAAGACAUGAAACUAGAAUAAUUGCUUUGAAAAAGGGCAACACUUUACUGAUGGCAAAUGUAGAUAGGAUGAAAGACGAUGUUCUCAGGCAAAAGGAAAUGUCCCUAAGCUUAAAAAAGGAGUUAGAUUCACUUAUAGAAGAUCUCGAAUAGGCAUUAAAACUGCUUUGACAAAUGUUUCUAUGUAUCCUCUACUACAGAAAAGUUUCGAUACUCGAAAAUUGUACUUUUAUUUUUUGCGCAAUCAUCUAGAACUACUUAUACUUAUUGAAACGAGAAUUCGAAGUUGUGGGCUAUUAUUAAAAAUAAAUAUUUACUUUCACAUUUUAUAAAUAUAAUUUAAGUACUACCAUUUAGAAUACGUAUUAAUAAGUUAUGCUUUUAUUAAAAAAAUGUGAUGCUUUACUUAACCUUACCAGUUACCACCCUAAUGUAAAAAUAACAAAACAUGUGCUUAGCUAUGAUUAAAUACUUGAUUGGCUAUUCAGUCUAAAAUGUUAUAUUCUAUGUUCAUUUUGAAGUCUUAUGUAUAUUAUAAUAAAUUUUAUAA